AUGGUGCCUUGUUUUGAUGAGCCAGCUUUCAAAGCAACAUGGGCAGUUACGCUAAUUCAUCCACAAGGAACCACGGCUCUAUCCAAUGGAAAGGAGAUCAGUAGCGAGAAAGAUUCAAACGGCCCCUGGAUGGUGAGUAAAUUUGCAACAACGCCGAAAAUGUCGUCUUACCUUCUUGCCGUUGUUGUCGGCGAAUUUAAGUCUGUCGAAGGCCAUACCAACACGGGAGUGAGGUUCCGAAUAUGGUCACGUCCAGGAGCAAUUCAUAGGACAUCGUACGCAUUAGACAUCGGAAUGAAAUGUUUGGACUUUUAUGAAAGCCACUUUGGCAUCAAAUAUCCGCUAGAGAAA